CUCCUCCUCCUCCUCCUCCUCCUCCUCCUCCUCCCCUCCAGCUGCUCAGGUUGCAGCUUCUCGGGGAGCCGCUCACCUUUCCGGAGUGGGGGGAGCCUCCGCGAGCCCCGGGCGCGGACCCGGCGCCCAGCCCCGCGGCCCCAGGACACGCGCGGCCCCACUGCCUGGCCCCUGCUGACCAUGAACAAGAUGAAGAACUUCAAGCGCCGCCUCUCCCUGUCAGUGCCUCGCACCGAGACUAUCGAAGAGUCCUUGACUGAGUUCACAGAGCAGUUCAACCAGCUACACAAUCGACGCAAUGAGGAUCUGCAGCUCGGGCCUCUCAGCAGAGACCCCCAGCCAGAGACCGGCACCUUCUCCCCGACAGACAGCGGGGAGGACCCUGGGCAGCCGUCCCCCGGCAUGCGGUACCGGCGGCAGAACCAGCGCCGCUUCUCCAUGGAGGACAUCAGUAAGAGGCUGUCUCUGCCCAUGGACAUCCGCCUACCCCAGGAAUUCCUGCAGAAGCUACAGCUGGAGAGUCCAGACCUGCCCAAACCACUGAGCCGCAUGUCCCGCCGAGCAUCCCUGUCAGAUAUUGGCUUUGGGAAACUGGAAACAUACGUGAAGCUGGACAAACUGGGGGAGGGUACCUAUGCCACAGUCUUCAAAGGGCGCAGCAAACUGACGGAGAACCUGGUGGCCCUGAAGGAGAUCCGGCUGGAGCAUGAGGAGGGGGCGCCUUGCACUGCCAUCCGAGAGGUGUCUCUACUGAAGAACCUAAAGCACGCCAAUAUUGUGACUCUGCAUGACCUCAUCCAUACGGAACGGUCUCUUACCCUGGUGUUUGAGUACCUGGAUAGUGACCUGAAGCAGUAUCUGGACCACUGCGGAAACCUCAUGAGCAUGCACAAUGUCAAGAUUUUCAUGUUCCAGCUGCUCCGGGGCCUUGCCUACUGCCACCGCCGCAAGAUCCUGCACCGAGAUCUGAAACCACAGAACCUGCUCAUUAGUGAGAGGGGGGAGCUGAAGCUGGCUGACUUUGGACUGGCCCGGGCCAAGUCAGUGCCCACGAAGACCUACUCCAAUGAGGUGGUGACCCUGUGGUACAGGCCCCCGGAUGUGCUGUUGGGGUCCACGGAGUACUCCACCCCCAUUGACAUGUGGGGCGUGGGCUGCAUCCACUACGAGAUGGCCACGGGGAGGCCCCUCUUCCCCGGCUCCACGGUCAAGGAGGAGCUGCACCUCAUCUUUCGACUCCUCGGGACCCCUACGGAAGAGACGUGGCCCGGCGUGACGGCCCUGUCUGAGUUCAGAGCCUACAGCUUCCCGCGGUACCUGCCGCAGCCGCUCAUCAGCCACGCUCCCAGGUUGGACACUGACGGCCUCCACCUCCUGAGCAGCCUCCUCCUGUACGAAUCCAAGAGUCGCAUGUCAGCUGAGGCGGCCCUGAGUCACCCCUACUUCCGGUCUCUGGGAGAACGUGUGCACCAGCUUGAAGAUACGGCAUCCAUCUUCUCCCUGAAGGAGAUCCAGCUCCAGAAGGACCCGGGCUACCGGGGCCUGGCCUUCCAGCAGCCAGGACGAGGGAAGAGCCGGAGGCAGAGCAUCUUCUGAGCCGUGCCCACCCUGCUGCGGCCCCAGGGACGAGAGGUCACAGCAAGCACGACCGCAGGCAGGAUGGGGUCAGCGUGGCUCUGGGCGGACAGAGGAGCCAGGGCUGGUGGCUGGCCCAGAAGACCUUUUGGCAGCUCUGCUGGCCACGGCUGUUUCUCUUCCACUUCCCACAUGCCUCCCCUGCAGCCUUCACCCAGACAUUAACCCCUCUGUCACCUGCCCUGGCACUGGGCAUGAGCUGCUUUCCCAGGAGGAGAGAAGGGGGCAGGGAGGGACCUCAGACCCUUUCCCACCCUGAGGUGCUCGGGCAGCAGCGUGGGAGCCACACAGACGGGAGAAUCCAGGUGCCAGGCUGAGCACUGAGCCCUGAUCAUGGGCACCACCAUGCCUCCCCACCCAGGAGCUGGCUGCCCACACAUCACUCACUUUCUUCCCCUCUGAGAGCAGGAAGUGACAUGGCACCUUGUCCAGGACCCCGGAAUCCUGGGUGCCAGUGUGUGUGCCAAAGCCCACCGCCCCACCCAAAGGGAGGGUGUCCCCAGAGCAACAGAGUAGGAGCCUAUCCCUUUUUUGCCACUUCCUCAUCCUGUCCCCGUUCCCCACUCUUGGCCAGAAGCCCCGUAUGCUGCUGGGUACCCCACUGAGUCCAGAGGUGGCUUGGUACCACCCGCUGCACUCCUGCCACCUCAGCUGGCUCCUGCCCAUCUCCCCAGCGUGAACGGGAUUGCCUUAAAUUGACAGGUGGUAGAUCACUCACUGCCCUUGGAGCUCUGACCCAAGCUCCUACCUGUCCACCCUUUCCCAAGAGUGGCCCUUGCUUAUCCUGCCCGGACACUGAUAAGCCAGCCCUGGACUAGGGUCCUGGGGACAAUGCCCAGAUAUGCAGGGUCACCCUGAAACUGGUGCCAGGCCAGCCUUGGCUCCUUGGGGCUAGCACAGCCUCCCCCCUCCCUCUUUCUCAGCCACUAUGGCCCAGUCCAUGCUCCACCCAGUCCUGGCACCAGCCUCCCUGUGCCCCUGGCCUCCCCAGAGGGCAGGGUGUAAAUGUCACAGGCUGAGGUAGAGGAAGGUGGGAUAGGAGGCACAGGCUUUGAUCCUGAGAACCCUGCCCUAGGGGGCUGGGAAUAGGAGGGCCGCAGCCCCAAAGAAGUCACCCCUCACCACCCCUGCCAAGCACGCCUGUUAUAUUCCCAAGGUCUGCUCAACACUUGGCUGAAUCUCCAAUGACAAGGCCAAGGGGAGGCCAGGCCCGGCUUUUCUACACAAGCCCCCUGCCCAGCCCGACCCCUCAGCCCCAGGAGCAGCCCUGGGGACUCUUGGUCUCCCCCAAGUCCCUCCCCUCUUCCCCCACUGUACUGUGAAUAUCCCGUGACUCAGCACAAAGACAGAUAAUAUAUUUAAUUCAUGUACAGAAAAGAGUGAGCAGUCUGUACAGAAAAGCUGGUUUUGACAGAUUGAGGCCGAAGAUGGAGGACGGAAGGCCCUUCCCCAGGCCUCAUGAGUGCAGCUGGGGCUGCCUGUCGGUGUGUACAUAUAUGUAGAAAGAGGCCAGAGUUUGCUUUGUGUGUAUCUCUGAAUGCCCAGGGUGGCCUGGGCACGGGAGGGGCGCCCUGCACCCUUCCUGCUGUUUUCUGGAUGCCGCUGCCUCCAGAGCCAGAAGUCAACCCUGGGUGUUGUGGGGAGGUGUGAAGGGGGCCUUCACCCAGGAUGGGGCCUGAGGGGUGGAGCCAGCCGGGAGAGCACAGAGGGCGUCCCGGGCGGAGUCUGGGGUGCUGGCUGAUGUAACUGCCCCACUUGCUCCCAUAACCAAAGGCUCCCUGACUUCUUGGGAAGGAGGGAGGAGGGGUGUAGGUGUAGGAGAGGGCUGGCAUGAGAGAUGGCCACGGCCAGGUCAUGGAACCAGGGUGCACGUGAUCACACUGUGAUCCAGCCCAGAAGCCAUUUCUAAACCUUGACUCCACCUCCUGUGGCCCAGGCCUCCUCUUACCUUGGGGCCACGCAGCCUCCUUACUCGCUUCCACAGCUCUCCGCAUCGUGCUCUGCUUUCCAAUUCAGCGUCCAGGUUUGUUUUCCCAAGAGCCCUGUGAGAAUGCCAGGCCCGAAACCUUACGUACUUCCUGACCCUACCUGUCCAGCAGCUUCCCGGCUGGCCGUAAGAACUUUCCAAUUUGAAGACAUCCUUAGGUUGGCUGCUUUCAGAGAAGGAAGCUAAUGCUGAGGUUGGGUGAUGCCUUCCAAGCUCAUGAAAGUAAAGGGCGGACCAGGGCUUGGUUCUCGGCUCAACCACCUGUGAGACAGGUAGUGCUUGAUGGGAAAUGCAGUGGUGGGCAUCGGAGUCGGGCCUUUUAGGCAGGGUUUAGAAGGAGCUAGGACAGAUUUGCUGUUUAUGAGGCUUCCCUACCACGUGGCCAGCAUAGUGCGGGGGAAGCAUCUCAUUGACCCCUCACAACAGCCCACUUUGCAGGUGAGGACACUGAGCUUGAAUGACUUCCCCGGGGUCCUAAAGCAAAUAAGAAUCCCAGGUCUGUCCGAUGUGCCAGGCACUG